CCCACGCAGCAGUGCUGCGGCCGCGUCUCGACGUGUCACCGGCGGCGCCGCGACUGUGGCUGGGGGAAGCAGCUCGAGCGACGGGGAGUUGGCGGCGGGCGGUGGAGACGAUCCUGGGGUGGACCUGCCCCGGCGCGGAGGCGUCCCUGGGUCCGUGGGCAGCGGCGGCGGGAGGCGGCUGGCCGGGCCGCGCGGGGCGCGAUGCUGAACAUGUGGAAGGUGCGGGAGCUGGUGGACAAAGCUGGACAGCGGAGAUCACCGGAAAGCUUUGGUGGCCGCCUUCAGUGAGAGACAGUGCCAGGAGGGAGCUUCCUUCAGCUGUGAGCGGAAGCUGUGGUCGUAGUUCACACUACGUGAACAGCACCAAUGUGGUUAUGAAUUAUUCAGAGAUUGAGUCUAAGGUUCGAGAAGCAACGAAUGAUGAUCCUUGGGGACCUUCUGGGCAACUCAUGGGAGAGAUUGCCAAAGCCACAUUUAUGUAUGAACAAUUUCCCGAACUUAUGAACAUGCUUUGGUCUCGAAUGUUAAAAGACAACAAAAAGAAUUGGAGAAGAGUUUAUAAGUCGCUGCUGCUCCUAGCUUACCUCAUAAGAAAUGGAUCAGAGCGUGUUGUUACAAGUGCCAGAGAACACAUUUAUGAUUUGCGAUCCCUGGAAAAUUACCACUUUGUAGAUGAACAUGGCAAGGAUCAAGGUAUAAACAUUCGCCAGAAGGUGAAGGAACUGGUUGAAUUUGCGCAGGACGACGACAGGCUUCGGGAAGAGCGAAAGAAAGCCAAGAAGAACAAGGACAAAUAUGUCGGGGUUUCCUCAGACAGCGUUGGCGGAUUCCGAUACAGUGAAAGAUACGACCCUGAGCCCAGAUCAAAAUGGGAUGAGGAGUGGGAUAAAAACAAGAGUGCUUUUCCAUUCAGCGAUAAAUUAGGUGAACUAAGUGAUAAAAUCGGAAGCACAAUUGAUGACACCAUCAGCAAGUUCCGGAGGAAAGAUAGAGAAGACUCUCCAGAAAGGUGCAGUGACAGCGAUGAGGAAAAGAAAGCGAGGCGAGGUGGAUCUCCCAGAGGUGAAUUCAAAGAUGAAGAGGAAACUGUGACGACAAAGCACAUCCACAUCACACAGGCCACAGAGACCACCACAACCCGACACAAGCGCACAGCAAACCCUUCUAAAACCAUUGAUCUUGGAGCAGCGGCACAUUACACGGGGGACAAAGCCAGCCCAGAUCAGAAUGCUUCAACCCACACACCUCAGUCUUCAGCCAAGACUUCAGUGCCUAGCAGCAAGUCAUCGGGUGACCUUGUGGACCUGUUUGAUGGCAGCAGCCAGGCAGCAGGAGGAUCAGCUGAUUUUUUAGGGGGAUUUGCAGACUUUGGCUCAGCUGCUGCAUCGGGCAGUUUCCCUUCCCAAGCAAUGGCAACAAGUGGGAAUGGAGACUUUGGUGACUGGAGUGCCUUCAACCAAGCCCCAUCAGGCCCUGUUGUUUCUGGUGGUGAGCUCUUUGGCAGUGCCCCACAGCCUGCAGUAGAACUCAUCAGUGGCUCACAGCCAUCACUAGGCCCACCUCCUGCUGCCUCAAACUCUUCAGACCUGUUUGAUCUUAUGGGGGCAUCCCAGGCAACCAUGACAUCUUCCCAGAGUAUGAAUUUCUCUCUCAUGAGCACUAACACUGUGGGACUGGGUUUGCCCACGUCAAGAUCACAGCCUUUGCAAAAUGUUAGCACAGUGCUGCAGAAGCCUAAUCCUCUCUAUAAUCAGAAUACAGAUAUGGUCCAGAAGUCAGUCAGCAAAACCCUGCCCUCCACUUGGUCUGACCCCAGUGUAAACAUCAGUCUAGACAACUUACUACCUGGUAUGCAGCCUUCCAAACCCCAGCAGCCAUCGCUCAAUACAAUGAUUCAACAACAGAAUAUGCAGCAGCCUCUGAAUGUGAUGACGCAGAGCUUUGGAGCUGUGAACCUCAGCUCUCCAUCAAACAUGCUUCCUGCCCGGCCACAAACUAAUCCUCUGAUGGGGGGACCCAUGCCUGUGAAUAUGCCCAGUGUGAUAACAGGCACCAUGGGAAUGCCCCCCUUGGGUAACACUGCAAUGAUGAGCCAGAGCAUGCUGGGCAUGAACAUGAACAUGGGAAUGUCCUCCACAGGCAUGGGCUUGACAGGCACCAUGGGAAUGGGCAUGCCCAACAUGGCCAUGCCUUCUGGAACUGUGCAACCCAAGCAAGAUGCCUUUGCAAACUUUGCCAACUUUAGCAAGUAAGAGAUUGUAAAGCAGCAGAUGGAACGAAGAAUUUUUAGCAGUGCAAAUAGGUGAUGUUGGGAUGGAAAAUGCUAAUCAGUUUCCCUUUUAUCAGUUAAUUAAAAUAAACCCACCUAAAGAACCAAAAAAUGCUGUUAUUGAAGUGAGGUGUCCAGUGUUUGAGAAGGCCGCGCGAGCUCUUCCGACAAGGCAGUCAGGACCAUUUGCCCCAUGAAGAUACACCACAAAUGGGCCGGCGAGACCACUGAAAGCCUUUCUGGUUGGAGAGCCCGUUUAACAGCAUCGUUUGUGGCAAGACUGGCCUGGGGCUGAAUAAAUGUGCUUGAAUCUCUAAUUUUAUACUUUUCUUUUCCUGAGGAACUUGAUUUUUCCGUCCCUGAAUCACCUUGUCAUAAUUGGGUCCGUUCCUUUUACUAACACUCUCGAGUCCAUAUAUGAAAUCAUUAAAGUUGGAUGAUCAGUUUUUUAUAAAAAUAUAUAUUUUUGUCCAAAAAAAAAAAAAACCACAUACAUAUGUGAUAAUGGCUAAUCAAAGGUAACUGGAAUGUAUAUACUUUUGCUAAUGUUCCAGCAACACUGCUAAUGUACCAUCCAAAUUUUUAUGAUGACACAGCCUCUCCCAGCAGUUGCCAAGCACUGCAGGACCUCCCCUGUCUUCUGCUAGAAUUAUCCUGCGCGGAACUCAGAAAAGUAUUUUUUUCAGGACUGCUCUGUGGUUUCCUUUAAAAGAAGAAAAACUAGCGGUUUCUGUUCGUUCGGCUCACCAUGCCCUUCACUUGGCCGUGAUUCACACGGCAAGGCUCCCUUCCGAGUGUGCCCUUGUAGCCAUCGUCCGAGCCGGAGACAGUCAAGAGAGAAGAAUAUUUAUUUUUAUCUUUUUGGUGUCUUUUCAAAAAGUUGAAACGGUAAAAAUACAUUAAAACCUUAAGUUAAAUAUAAAUGUUAGGACUCAGCAAUGUUCACAUUUAGAUUUUAUACAGUGUUGUUUUGUUUGGUUUUGAGUGUACAUAAUACAGCCAUUAGCAAUAUGGUUCCAAUAGAGAAGUUCAAUAUAUAUUAUUAAAGGAGACCUGUAGCAGUCAAAGAUUUUAUUGAUUUAAUGACAAAUAAAGGAAAUUAAUUAAAAUGUUUUUGUUUUCCUGCUGUGAUUCUGCAUUAAGCUCACAUGAAAAUCAUGAUGCUAGAGUUUGGAAUGCAAAAUUAAAUGCUUUACCCUUAAGCUGGGAAUAUUUUUUAAAAUAAAUACUAUAAUAUAGGUAUCAAGUUAUUACCUCUCCACUUUAUGUUGAAAAUUUUUUUAUUAAAUUGAGAAAACUUUGUUUCCAUUGUAGUCAUAAUGUUCUGUUAUAUAUAACAUUAAAACGUUCAUUAAAAUCAA